UCGUCCUGGGAAGCAUCAAGCUUAAUUACAAGUAACAAACCAAAUCUCCCUACCGAGUCCAGCAGCAAAGAAAGCCAUUUCCCUUCAAGAUCACGAAGAUGUCGACGGUCACCGGUGCCUACCUCGACCGCAAGCUCGCCCUCGCCAAACGCUGCUCCAGAGAGGCAACGCUCGCCGGAGCAAAGGCGGCGGCCGUGGCCACGGUGGCGUCUGCAGUCCCAACGCUGGCGAGCGUUCGGAUGUUGCCGUGGGCGAAGGCGAACCUGAACCCGACGGGGCAGGCGCUCAUCGUCUGCACGGCGGCAGGGAUGGCCUACUUCGUCGCCGCCGACAAGACCAUCCUCUCCCUCGCCAGGCGCCACUCCUUCGAGGAAGCUCCCGAGCACCUCAGGGACACUUCCUUCAAGCUCCAUGGCGCCCCCGCUGCUCCUGCUGCUCGUCCCCGGCUGUCAUUCGACAUUCUCCAGGCCAUGAGCCCGUGAUGAAGCUGGAUGGAUCCACCUACCAGGGCGAGCUCCUGCUGCAGGGUCGUCCAAAUGUCCCAAAUAAACAAAGUACUAAUGUCUGAAUGUUUUCUCCCCCCCGACCGAGAGAGGAACAAAAAAUGCUGUACUAGUGUAUCACCGUACUGUAAUUAGCACUACUGGCUUACUGCAUGUUGUUGUUGGUCAGUUGGUGCUCCAAAUUAACGCCGCUUCUUUGUGCUUUCUUAA